CUCGGUACUCUGGCGUCGCUGCGGUAGUCGCUCGGGCGUCUGAACGCGCUUUCAAUUUAGCUUCUCGCUGUUUCGGCUGCCGCCAUCAUGGUGCGGAAGCUUAAGUUCCACGAGCAGAAGCUACUGAAGCAGGUGGACUUCCUGAACUGGGAAGUCACUGACCACAACCUGCACGAGUUGCGCGUGCUGCGGCGUUACCGUCUGCAGCGGCGUGAAGACUACACCCGGUACAACCAGCUGAGCCGCGCGGUGCGCGAGCUGGCGCGGCGACUGCGCGACCUCCCCGAGCGUGACCCGUUUCGCGUGCGCGCCUCUGCCGCGCUUCUGGACAAGCUGUAUGCUCUCGGUCUGGUGCCGACGCGCGGAUCGCUCGAGCUCUGCGAUUUCGUCACAGCCUCGUCCUUCUGUCGCCGCCGCCUUCCCACAGUGCUCCUCAAACUGCGCAUGGCACAGCAUCUCCAGGCUGCCGUAACUUUCGUGGAGCAGGGCCACGUGCGUGUCGGCCCGGACGUGGUUACCGAUCCCGCCUUCCUUGUCACUCGCAGCAUGGAGGAUUUUGUCACCUGGGUCGACUCCUCCAAGAUCAAGAGGCACGUGCUGGAAUACAAUGAGGAGCGCGAUGACUUUGAUUUGGAUGCCUAGCAGAUCUCGCCGCGUCUGCCUUUUACAGAUGAGAAAGUUGAAGCCUCGUACUGGAGAUUCUGAAUGCCUUUGCCAAGAGCAUCGGUCUUGGGUUCUUAAAAACUUGGCUUCUUAAUUGCAGGUCACAGAAGCGGGAGUGGGGAGGUUUGUUCCUGUUUUCCAGGACAUUUUCUUAGAACUUGGAUCACUGACUAUUAAAUGACUACCUUGGGAGACAGUGGGGAUUGUUAGCUGUUUUUGCCUGAAGCAUUGUGUAAAAGCUGUAACGUUGCCCUCUCCUCCCUUUCCUUUAUCAUUUUGUACUAGGAAUAUUUGGUUCAAUUUAUUUAACUCAAGUA